CUGCCUUGGCAAUCAUGUUCAGACAUACCUGACUCUGUCCUGUAAAGACUUUUGAGGAAAAUCCAGGCUAUUCGUGCAGUUCAAUCCUUAACAUGCCGAGAUUCGAUGAUGAACAGGAAGAUGAGGUCAUCACCGGUGAGCUUAUGCGGUGCCCCGAUAUCUUCCGGGCAAGGCAAGCCGUCGCCUUCGAAUCGGAAAUGAAGACGGAGACACUCUCAGCAGACGUCUUGGGAUCAUUGAAUGGGGUGGCUCUGGCAUUCCCUCUCUUGGGAGCUCAAGCCGUUGCAGGUGCAAUUUCAAGCGAUCACCAGCCCAUAUGGUUUGUCAAUUUCCCAUUGGAGCUGUCAGCCUCUGUACAGAACUCACUCCGAGAUUAUCAACAAGUAGUGCUUGAUUUCAGAUGUUGGUCGAGCCUGAAGUGGUGGACGGAGGUCUUCACACGGAUUCCUGUCUCUGAUGACCCUCUCACCAAGAUCAAGCAGACGAGUGAGUUCGCUAUGGUAGCAUGCAGAGAUAUGACUCAGAUGCCAUGGUUGAAGACGACCAUGAGCCCUCAAAGAUCUACCAAUGCAAUCCAAUGCCCCAUCGGCGAGCUUCAUCCAGCUAUCAUAGCUGGAACAAUGUCGAAGUGGUUUGCAAAUAAUCCAGCUGCGCUUGCGCCGCUUGAAACCGUCUUACAGGCUGUCGUAGGGUCGAUCAGCGAGGCAACAUUCAAUUACAACGAUACCAGGACGGUAGUCACCGAGAAAUAUGAAUACAUGAGCGAAGCUCAGAGCAUAAAAUCUUCUGUGCGGCUGCUUUGUUUCGAGAUCUCGAGGUCUUUCUACGAUGUUCAAUCCGGAAAAUCAACUCAAAUAUGGGUCAAUUGUGACAUGAGCUAUCUGGAAUACGAGGCAGAGUUCAAAAUCGAAGAAUGGAAGAAAUCUCAAAAUAGUAUAGACGAACAGCAAAAACCGGUAUUACAGGAAUUUGUCAAGAAACAGACUGUUGAUAUUGGUCCAGACAGCAUAAAUAAAUAGAUAAAUAACGUUGGAAAAGACGGAAUUUCUG